GCUGCAAUAUUGCCGGUGCAUUUCACGGAGGCAGAAAGUAGCGUGACAACAUAGGCUACGGUUUCCCUGAGGCAGGCUUAAUUUGUUCGCUUCUUACUGCCGAAAAGCAGGUAUAGACGUUUAACCCUUGAUUACAUUGUGAAAACCGAAAAAAAUACGCAAUUAUGAACGGACAAAUCAACGGGUUCCAUAACUCGCUCAUCGAGGAAGACUGCUUUCUCUUUACAUCAGAGUCUGUUGGAGAAGGACAUCCAGAUAAGAUUUGCGACCAAAUCAGUGACGCUGUGCUCGACGCCCAUCUCAAACAGGACCCUGAUGCCAAAGUAGCAUGUGAGACCGUCGCCAAGACGGGGAUGAUCCUGUUGGCAGGGGAGGUGACGUCCCACGCGUCUGUGGACUACCAGAAGGUGGUACGCGAGACCAUUAAGCACAUCGGUUACGACGACUCCUCCAAAGGCUUUGACUACAAGACCUGCAACGUGCUGGUGGCCCUUGAGCAGCAGUCUCCUGACAUUGCCCAGAGCGUGCACCUGGACCGCAGCCAGGAGGAUGUGGGGGCCGGGGACCAGGGCCUCAUGUUCGGCUACGCCACCAAUGAGACCGAGGAGUGCAUGCCCCUCACCAUCGUCCUCGCCCACAAGCUCAACGCCAAGAUGGCCGAACUGAGGCGCAACGGCACUCUGCCCUGGCUGCGGCCCGACUCCAAGACCCAGGUGACGGUGCAGUACCGGCAGGACCGAGGGGCCAUGCUGCCCGUGCGCGUGCACACCGUGGUGGUGUCGGUGCAGCACGACGAGGACGUGUGCCUGGACGAGAUGCGCGACGCGCUGAAGGAGAAGGUCAUCAAGGCUGUGGUGCCCUGCGUCUACCUGGACGACGACACCAUCUACCACCUGCAGCCCAGCGGGCGCUUCGUCAUCGGAGGGCCCCAGGGUGAUGCAGGCUUGACCGGUCGUAAGAUCAUUGUGGACACGUACGGGGGCUGGGGGGCCCACGGUGGGGGCGCCUUCUCGGGGAAGGACUACACCAAGGUGGACCGCUCCGCCGCGUACGCCGCGCGCUGGGUGGCCAAGUCCCUGGUGAAGGCAGAACUCUGCAAACGGGUUCUGGUCCAGGUGUCGUACGCCAUCGGAGUGUCCCACCCCUUGUCCAUCUCCAUAUUCCACUAUGGGACGUCCCAGAAGAGCGAGAGGGAGCUGCUGGAGAUCGUGAAGAAGAACUUUGACCUCCGACCCGGGGUCAUUGUCAGGUAAAGGCAUGCCCCUGCCCAGGAAGUGGCAGUCUGGUUGCUUCUUGUCCCAUCAUGCGCUUUCUGUGCAGAAAGUGACCAACACUCCUUACACUCUCAAGCCUCUUCGCUUGACACAGCCCCGUAGAUUUCAAUGUAAUCUUGCCGCAGAGUAAACCCUGGCAGAAGCAGUAGUACUCUGCAGCCGUGUGUGUGCGCGCUCAUCGCUUCCCCCUAAUUCUGUGUGCGCCAGUACGCGCUGAAACUCGCACGCUGCUUGGAAUCUGCGGAGUUGUGUCCGUGUAGAUGAGGCUGACCUGUGCUGCACUGUAGCUCUGCUCCUCUCCACGUCCUGCAGGCCAGUGUCUGCAGGCGUUUGCUUCAGUCGUGCACUACACCACCUGAUUUCACCCGUUGGCUUAUCUGAACCAAGCAGGUAGGAUAAUUGGUGAAAUCAGGUUCACGUCAUGAUUUGAUUGUCCCGGCAGUAGAGGCUGGUGCUCGAUGAGGAUUAAAGACUUGGGCACCAGUCUGUAGUUGGUGUUGGGUUUGAGAUGCUAGCUUGUUCCCAGUAGCUUAGCGGAAUACUUUCCAUCUCUGGAGUUUUUACCCCCCAUUUUUCCGGGGUGCUGGAAAAGGGUAAGUCCUCCUUUUGGAAGUCCUCCCUGUUCUCAUCUCUGCUGUUUUUACCAUUUUUUGUAAAUGAUGCAAUUGUCACACACGGGUAUUUCACCAGUCUAGGGAUGGUAGUCCUCUGUGGGUGUUGGGUGUGUUGGGUCUCCUGCUUGUGAUGGCUGCUAAAGAAGUAAAUUGUGUAUUCCAGGGAAUUGGACCUGAAGAAACCCAUUUAUCAGAGGACCGCAGCUUACGGCCACUUUGGUCGUGAUUCCUUCCCUUGGGAGGUGCCCAAAAAGCUCAAAUACUAAAUGUGUCAAGCUUUUUUUCCCCAGGCCUGUUGGUGUGUACUACAGAAAAGCCUGCAUGGCCUUAGGGGGGAAAAGGCCUCCAAAAAAACCAUCCUGCUUCCUAGUUGCUAAGUGAUAGCCCCCCCCCCCCCCCCCCUCUCUGAACCCUUGUGUCUUCACCCCCCACCCCCACCCUUCUGCCACUUCUUUCCUCCAGAGCAGUGUGUGCCGUCAUUGUCCACUUGCUUCAGGCCUACUUCUGGGUGUGUCUGGGACCAUUAGAGGAGUUUUCUGUGGAACCCAGGGAACUUGUACUGUCUGGGAUCGUAUAUAGGGUUGGCUUUUGCUAGUUUGGACGGAGGAGGUACUUUUAUUUUUUUUUUUGUUUUUUUUUUUUUAAACGAGCCAAAUUUAGAAGCUGUUUGUCAUGGUACAAGGGCAUGCUGCCUUAUGUUUUAAGUGUACAAUCUUAGUUGGCUUCUUGUUCAUGCACCCUCCCAGUAUCUUUUUCCUCUUUAUUGUGUUACUUUAAAAGUCUAUGACCAAUGGGGAAGAGAUCCUUCCAUUGUAGCUCCCUCUACACCAGGCAUCUGCCACCCUGGUCCUGGAGUGCCACAGUCUCUCCUGGUUUUCGUUGUUAAUCUGCACUUAAUCAUCGCAGAUUAGUUGACCCUCUUCAUCUGGUUACAUGUCUGAAUCGGGUGCCGAUUUUUCUUUUUUUACAAACAAACGGCACCGCUUGUGGCUCUCCAGGACCAGGGUUUUUCCACCCCCUUGACCUACACGAAGGCAGAAUUGAAUGAGUUUGCUUGAGUUUAGGGCCCUAGUGUUUGUUGUAGUUGGCACUGCCAUGAAGUGCUACUUCGUGCUUGAUGACGGUAGCUUACUCCUGUAUGCUGACUGUGAUUGGACCGGUUGCGAAUUUUAAAUUAGUUGAGAUGAACGCAACAGUUCAUGGUGGUGGUGACCCAGAAACUGCUGGACUCCAUCUUAAAUUUCUUGGUAGUUGUCAUUUAAAGCGCUGCUUCACAACCCCCCCCCCCCCCCCAUUCCUCCACCCCCCCCCCCCCCCUUCCACUAUUCCUUGUCUGUUGCUGGAGGAUGUAUUGAUGGCACAAGGAUAAUGUUUGCUUUUUUUAGACCGCUAUGCAUUACGGGCGGACGCACUUUUGCCAAACCAAGGUUGCUUAACAUUUAAAGCGCGUAAAAAUAAAAGCACCCUUCCCUCCCUGCAUAGACCAUUGCCGUUUUCUGACGUACUACAGAAAAGUCAGAAGCUGCUAUCUCCUCUUCCCAUCCCUAUAUGGUCUGUUGGGCUGUCAGUAAUACUUGAUUUUAGUUUUUAUUACACUUUUUACAUUGCUGUGUUCCUUCAGUAAGAAAUUCCACGUGCUACGAAACCUGUUUUUAAAGGUGGUUCUGUUUCCCGUUUGUCUUUUUCUUUUCUUUUUUUUCCUCCCUUUUUUCUCCCAAGGUUUUAAAGGGUUUAAGACAAAGGCACUCCCCAUCUUUAGGGUUUGAUGGCAGGUGUAGCUACAGAGAAACCUGCCUCUAUCAUUACCCUGAAGAUGGACUGUCUUAACCACAAAUAAAACUCGUUGAUACUUGAAGACAAACGGAAUCAAAUCUUUAAAGUAUUCCUAUUUAUUGUGCUCUGAAGCUCCGUGUCGAUACAGAGAAACUGGAGCUUCAGAAGGCAGCUUUUUUUAAAUAAAAAAAACACGCUUAUUUUUUAAGUUACUGCCCGAAUGCCAUAAUUGACAGGUUGUGUCCAGUGUUAGCCUGUGGUCCAAAGUGUCCUACAGAAAAGCUUUGGAUUCUAGCCACAGCGCUACUGUCGGUGGUAUUCUCGAGUGGCUCCGGACCGGGUGAUUGUAUUGACCAUGCGCAUCCGUCGCCCGUCUAUUUCGCCCGCCUACAAUCAAGACGAGCAAAGUUUGGCUGGUGUUGUACAGAGAAGCCGGCCUCGUUUACACGCCGUCUUGUUUGUGGCGGAUGAUUUCUGAUUUGGGAUUUGUUUUUCCUUUGUACAAUUUUAGAGGUUGGUGGUCAGUUGUCUUCUGGUUACUGUAAAAGUGCCUUUGCAAACCAACCCCCCCCCCCCCCCCCCCCCGCCCAAUCACCCCCCUCUCCCUUCCCAAAUUGCUUUUCUUUUUUCCCCCCCUCCCUCCCCUUGCCUUCUUCCAGUCAUGAAGAACCGGUAACUUGCAUAUGUUUCCCUGCAGUCCUAAACUUCCAGAAUUGAACACGAAUCCUCAUGUCAAAGAUCUGAAUAAAAAUGCUGAAUCAUA